AUGGAAUACGAGAAUCCCCUGUUUCAGAGGGACCAUGAUAUCCUCGCUGAAUCCUGCCCAUGGCAGGUUGACAAAACCCAACACCUCUCCCGAAACCGAGUGUCAGCUGAAGAGGGCCUUCAGUGGGGAUCGGACCCCAGUUUCUGUUAUCAUGGCUUCUCUUGUCCGAUCGGUACUUGGACAGAAGAGCGCCUGGUGCAGAACCUGAUGCGAAACAUGGCCAGUAUCUGUACCAGUGUGGACAUAGACUUUGACAUUUCCGAAUCCACGAACUGGUUACCUCCGAAGGCUCCUCAAAAAGCCGCCUCCGAUUCCUUAGGCUUGAAUGGGUUCACACUUCCCAUGUUCCAGCCCUCGACCGUUCAGACAAAUGAAAGACUCUCCGAAACACCUUCUUUGUCUUCCUCGCCGAGUCAAGGACAAGCACCCUCACCAGAAAACACCACAUGUACUCGGCGGGCAAGCUGCAUAAAAAUGGAAAAUAAAUCAGGGCAAAAAAAGAGGAAAUGCGUCCAAAAGCCAGGCCAAAAACUAUGCCAUUGUCGAUCGGAAAAGAAACGAAGAGAGAUUAUUGGAGAGAGGUACCGAGAACUCUGCCAAAUUGUUCCGGGUUUGGAGAAACACUCAUAUACAAGAAAAUAUGUUCUUGAGGAAGCUGCACUGUGGAUUCAGUCUUUACUUCAAGGCAACGAUGCCCUACAGCGGCAACUAGAGAAGCUGAAAGAGCAGGAAAACAUGAACCGACUGCGUCUUUUCCCUGCUGAGGAGGACGAUCAAAAGCCCACAUAUUAG